CAACUACGGGUAUUAUAUUAGACAGGUUGUUAUUUAUUAUUUAACCGAUGUUAAAUUAAUGGGCCUUAACAUGGAUUUUGCGGCAGUUUCAACUGUCAGCCUCGUGUUUCUUGUUUUGAUACCACUUGCCUUUACAGCAGGACCAUUAACCGGGCACUCGGUUUUGAGGGUAUGGCCAGCAGGAGAGAAGCAAGUGACCCUAUUGCAGGAACUACUUUCAAUGAGAAAGUCCCUCGAUAUCUGGAAAGGUCCAUCAUGCGCCACCUGUCCUGUUGAUAUUCGUUUGACGCCAUUUGAAUACGAUGACGUCACUUCCUCUUUAAAAGAAAAUAAUUUUAAAGUUGAAACGAUGAUAUCAGAUAUCCAGCACGUGCUUGAUUCCCAGAGGAGGGAUUUGAAAUACAAACCAAAAGCUGCAGUGUUUGAUUAUUCCAAAUAUCACACUUUGGAUGAGAUCAACGCGUGGACCAUGAACAUAACAAACGUCUACGACAGUAUGACGUCAGUCUUCAACGUCACCAAGUCUUAUGAAGGCAGAUCCUUGAUGGGUUUUAAGAUUAGCACCCCGUCGCCGUUCGCCCGCUCUGCAUUUUGGAUCGAAGGCGGAAUACACGCGAGGGAGUGGAUCUCUCCUGCAACGGUCAUAUAUAUGGUUGGACAGAUGCUGGACAGGUACAAGAUAGACCCUGAUAUCACAACGUUGGUCGACUCUUUUGAGUGGUAUAUUCUUCCGGUCACUAAUCCAGACGGUUACGCUUACACGUGGCAAAGUGACAAGACGAGACUUUGGAGAAAGACGCGCUCCAAGCACGGGCUGUGUUACGGGGUCGACCCCAACCGGAACUGGGAUAUAGAAUGGUCAAAAUCGGGUGCAAGUAAGGACCCUUGCUCCGACACAUACUGCGGCCCUAAAGCAUUUUCGGAAGUAGAAGUGAAAGGCGUGUCCGAUUUCCUGCGGAACAUCUCGGGACUUAAGGGGUUUAUUGAUUUUCAUAGCUACUCACAACUGUGGAUGUCGCCAUGGGGAUACACCAAGAAACUUCCAAAAGAUUUUAAACAACAAGACGAGGGUUCCGCAGCAGCGGUAGACGCUCUGCAAAAGGUUUUUGGGACAAAGUACGAACAUGGAACCAUUGCGAAUAUCAUUUAUACCGCCAGUGGAAGCAGUGCAGAUUGGACCUACGGGAAAAUUGGCGUCAAGUACUCUUAUGGCGUCGAGCUGCGUGACACCGGCAAGUACGGAUUUCUUCUUCCGGCAGACCAGAUCAUUCCUUCUGGUCAAGAAACUCUGCAAGCUCUCAUAGGGUUGGCUGCUUACAUUAAGGACAAUUCAUGACCUUGUGGGCAUUAAACUAACAAUAAAAUUUAGCAAAAU